AUGCAAACAUUAUCUGUAUUCAAUUUUAGGAUAUACUUUAAGAAUAAAAAUAUUGGUUGUACAAUUUGUAAAUGUAUAAAACAAAAUUUGCUUGAUCAUAAAGGUUCCCAUGUGUCAGCAGAAUGGAUUAAUGGUGAGGUGUAUCCAUCUGGUUCUAGCUUAGAAAAGAAAAAAACUAACUUACGAAAAAAGAUUGCUAAACAUAAAAGUUCUAUUGCUCAUUUAAAUGCCCGAAAAAUCGUUACUGAGUCAGAAAAGAAUGUUAUGGAUGAACAUAUUUUUAAAGUUAAGGCAGCUGAACAUGAAUCUACAGCUAGAAUAUUCCGUACACCUUAUUCAAUUGCUAAAUAUCAACGCCCCUAUACAGACUUGCCAAAAAUGACUGAUCUUCAAAUAUUAAAUGGGCCUGAAAUGGGAAGAGUACUUCAAAGCAAUGUAUCAUGCUCAAAUAUUAUUGAUCACAUAGCAUUGGAAAUGAGAAAAAAAUUGCUUUAG